UAAGAGGAGGAUUCGGCGGGCAAGCCGCAGCCUGACUUCAGCACCCCGACUCUAGGCCCGCCGCUCCUGGCCCCCCGCGCCGCCAUGGAUCUCAGCGCCAUCUACGAGAGCCUCCUGUCGCUGAGCCCGGACUUGUCACCGGACCACGGAGGAACUGAGUCUUCGGGGGUCUGGAGCCUGAACGCAGCCAGCUCUGGCUCCUCUGGGGUCACCUCCCGCCUGACUGGCCGCUCCACCAGCCUCGUGGAGGGCCGAAGCUGUGGCUGGGUGCCCCCACCCCCUGGCUUUGCGCCCCUGGCUCCCCGCCCUGGCCCUGAGCUGUCGCCCUCACCCACCUCACCCACGACGACCUCGCCCGCCUCUUCUCGCUACAAGACUGAGCUCUGUCGGACCUUCUCCGAGAGUGGGCGCUGCCGCUACGGGGCGAAGUGCCAGUUUGCCCACGGCUUGAGUGAGCUGCGCCAGGCCAAUCGCCACCCCAAGUACAAGACGGAACUCUGCCACAAGUUCUACCUCCAGGGCCGCUGCCCCUACGGCUCGCGCUGUCACUUCAUCCACAAUCCCAGUGAGGACCUGGCGGCCCCCGGCCACCCUCCGCACGUGCUGCGCCAGAGCGUCAGCUUCUCGGGCCUGCCCUCCGGCCGCCGCACCUCGCCGCCGCCACCGGGUCUGAGUCUCACGGGCCCUUCCCUGUCCUCCUGUUCCUUUUCGCCCUCCAGCUCCCCACCCCCACCUGACUUUCUGCUUUCACCCUCGGCCUUCUCCGCGGCGCCGGGGGCCCCCGUGACCCGGAAGGAACCCACCCCAAACUGCUGCCCCUCUUGCCGAAGAGCCACUCCUGCCAGCGUCUGGGGUCUGGCUCGCAGCCCCUCCGCACACUCCCUGGGAUCCGACCCCGAUGAAUACGCCAGCAGCGGCAGCAGCCUGGGGGGAUCCGACUCACCUGUCUUCGAGGCCGGGGUCUUCACAGCCCAGCCCCCUUCAGCCCCACGGCGGCUCCCCAUCUUCAAUCGCAUCUCUGUUUCUGAGUGACAAGUGUCCCCCUAGUACAGAUCAGCUGGGUCUGCAGGGGGAGACACUUGUGGGGACCUGGAGGACGCCUGAUGUACUCGCGUGGCCCUCCCCCCACAUUCCAAAACGCAUUAACCCACUCGCCCGAUGCCGCGCCGGGGCAGGCCCCCAGUGUGCAAGUCCAGUCAGUGUUCCUGGUGUCGGGGUGGAGUCCUUUCUGAGAUGUUAAGAUGUAGCAUGUUUGAGGGGCCAGUGAGCUCUCCCCCCAUGUCCAAUUCUGUCUCCUGGAAUCUUACGUGCUGUGAAUAAUAGGCCCCCUCCCAGUGUUCCCUGGACCUGCAUUUGCAGUGUCUGGCGAUUGGAGCCUCCCCCGAGGGAGAAUCCUGGUGCUCAAAUUUCCCUCCACAAGCAAGUAGCCAAAGCCAUUGCCAAGUCCCAACCCCGAACAGUGGGCCCUUUAUUUAUGACGACUUUAUUUAUUCUAAUAAGAUUUUAUAGUAUUUAUAUAUAUUAGGUCGUCUGCUUCCCUUGUAAUUUUUCUUCUUUUUGUAAUAUUAGAAACAAUGGUAUAAUUAUUGUAAGUUACUAUAAUAUUAAUAUAUAUUGUUACCUCGAAAAUUAUUUUUGUUUUUAAAAUUGUUAAAUAAAGAAUAGGCGUGUAAAAGUGGCA